UUGGGUCUGAAAAUGGCGGACGGUGUCCAAACUUUUAUUUAAGGAACCUGCUGAUCUACACGAAAUCGCCGUUACCGAUCUUGAACUUGGGGCGGAGGCAUGAUCCUCAGGUUUUUCCAACCUUUCCUCCGGUUGGAGCAAUUAGUCACGCGAGCAGACAAGUCUUGGCAGGUUUAGUUACAUAAUGCGGGCAUCAUGAACGUGUUGAUACUGAAUUGUUCAAAGAUGGUCGGAGUAACGCCGUACACCUGCAGAAAUGCGCUACGCCAAGUUAGAGCUUUGCACACUGCAGCGGUUCAAAAUGCUGAGGCCAAGCUCAAGGUCUUCUCGAUUUAUCGUUGGAACCCGGACAAACCCGAUGAGAAACCAUAUAUGCAGAAAUAUAAAGUUGAUCUGAAUACCUGUGGGCCAAUGGUACUGGAUGCUUUGAUCAAGAUUAAAAACGAGAUUGAUCCAACAUUGACAUUCCGUCGUUCUUGCCGUGAAGGUAUUUGUGGAUCCUGUGCUAUGAAUAUUGGAGGAACAAACACACUGGCGUGUAUCAGCAAAAUUGAUAAGAAUACAAGCACAUCAUGCGACGUUUAUCCUUUACCCCAUAUGUAUAUUGUCAAAGAUCUGGUGCCGGAUUUAAAUAAUUUCUACGAACAGUAUCGUAGCAUACAACCUUGGUUGCAGCAUACAGACACGAAAGAAACUGGGAAUCAGCAGUAUUUGCAAAGUGUAGAAGACCGUAAAAAGUUGGAUGGUCUCUACGAAUGUAUUCUCUGUGCUUGCUGCAGUACUUCUUGCCCGUCCUAUUGGUGGAACGGUGAUAAGUAUUUAGGUCCUGCAGUACUUAUGCAAGCUUAUAGGUGGAUUAUUGAUUCACGAGACACUCGUGCAAAGGAACGUUUGGAGAAAUUAAAGGAUCCAUUUUCAGUUUUCCGUUGUCAUACAAUCAUGAAUUGUACGCGGACUUGCCCAAAGGGUCUGAAUCCUGGAAAGGCGAUAGCGGAAAUAAAAAAACUAUUGGCCAACGUUAGUCAGAAGCCACAACCGGAUCUCGCUGCGUCGGGAUCUUCAUAGUUAGAGGAAUACCAGGUAGAAUUAAUAAGUUCUAUACACACAUGUCUUAUGUAUUACUACGUGCAGCGAACAUGUAUUCAGCGUGAUAUUUCGUACGACCGGAUAUGCGGGUAUGCAAAUCCACGAAAUAGCAGAUAAAAUGCCCUACCAAUGGAGAGAUUAGUCUCAAGCACUACUCUUGUAAAUAAAACAGGCUUCUCAUAUGGAA